AUGGAAGUCGAGGGCGAAACUUUUAAAAAAGGAAACUGCUCUUGCGACUGUGCGAAGCGGCCAUUGGCCGGCGUGCCGGGGGCGGGCAGCGAGUGGCGCGCCAUUGGUCCGACGCAGACGCAACAUAGGCGCGCUCAUCUCGAGAAACGAACAAAUAGAUUUUUUUUAAACAAAAGCAAUUUUCCUAUUAUUCUUGUUGGGCGACGCUUCUAUAGUUUGUUUUUGCUCGGCCACGUUUUGUAUUGUUUAUUGUGCCGGAGUACGACAAUCCACUCCCGGUUAAUUCCCAGUGAUAUUAACAACUCCGUUCAUUGUUCCGCAGGUCGCAUCCCGAGUAUCGGGCAUCGUCCCAAUGCAUCAUAUUCGUCGUAUGUUUCGUCAUCAGAGCACAGAGAUCGUGAUCUCGCCGAUAAUGAAUGGUAUGCAUUAAAAGCACUACUGGUUCACCUGUCCCCAACAGUAGGAGCUGAAUUUUUAAUGAGAAUAUUAAGCUCGAAAUACCAGCAA